UGGUAGAACAAAGCUCGGUAUCGAAUUCUCCUUUUAGCAAAAUUCUUCAAAAAAAAAAAAAUGAACGACAUGUAUAGUGUUAAAUAUGAUGAAUAUAACUAGAAAACUACAACAAUGAUGGAAAACGACAAUUUUAUUUUUUUCUUAUGUGUAAAACCCCUUCGAUAAAGUUGGAGAAGUACCGAGUUUUAGCGGGAACUGAAAACAGCUCGCUCGCUCGCUCACUCACAGUCAACACCGCGACAUGCAGCAGAACAUCGUGGUUUUAGACAACGGCGGGGGUCUAAUCAAGGCGGGCCUCGGCGGCGACCGUGACCCGUCUACGAUCAUUCCCAACUGCCUCUACCGCCCACUCUCCUCCAAAAAAUGGAUUCAUCCCUCUCCAAUCACCACCACCACUGCCACCGCCGACCCCAUCGACCUCACCUCCGCCCCAGUCCGCCGCCCCAUCGACCGUGGCUACCUCAUAAACCCAGACCUCCAACGCGACAUCUGGGCCCACCUCUUCUCCUCUCUCCUCCACGUGUCCCCGUCUCAGUCCUCACUCCUCCUCACUGAACCCCUCUUCACACUCCCUUCUAUUCAACGCACCACCGACGAGCUUGUCUUCGAAGAUUUCAACUUCUCCGCUCUCUACGUCGCCGAUUCCCCUUCUCUGACCCAUCUCUACGAGGCUAGUCGCCGCCGGCCCACGAGCCUCAUCUCCAGGGCCCAAUGUAGCCUUGUCGUUGAUUGUGGCUUCUCGUUUACUCACGCCGCUCCGGUGUUUCAGAAUUUCACAAUUAACUACGCUGCUAAACGCAUCGAUUUGGGUGGGAAAGCCUUGACCAAUUACCUGAAAGAGCUCGUUUCGUAUCGAUCUAUUAAUGUUAUGGAUGAGACUUUUCUAAUGGACGAUGUGAAAGAGAAGCUCUGCUUUGUUUCCAUGGAUGUCUCUCGGGACCUUCGGAUCGCCAAGAAAUCUGGAAAAGAGAACCUCUUUAAGUGUACGUAUGUGCUCCCGGAUGGAAUUGAGCAUACCAAGGGUUUCGUUAAAGAUCCAGAUGAAGCGCAGAGAUAUAUGUCUUUGAUUGAUGUAGACCAGUCUCAGAAGUUUGGAGUGGACAUGGAUUUGGAUUUGCCUCAAGUUACAGAAAAGCUUGAGGACCGAAAGAAAACUGACUUGAAUAAAAAUGAAUUUGACUUGACUAAUGAAAGGUUCCUUGUCCCUGAAAUGAUCUUCCAUCCAGCUGAUUUGGGAAUGAAUCAAGCUGGGUUGGCAGAGUGCAUAGUUCGAGCUGUCAGUUCUUGUCAUCCUCAUCUUCAACCUUUGCUAUAUGAAAGCAUUGUUUUAACUGGUGGAAGUACAUUGUUCCCUCGAUUUGCUCAGAGACUUGAGAGGGAGCUACGGCCGCUUGUUCCUGAUAAUUAUCAAGUCAAGAUAAUCCCUCAAGAAGAUCCUAUUCUUGGUGUUUGGCGAGGAGGGUCACUUCUAGCGUCUAGUCCUGAUUUUGAAGGAAUGUGUGUAACCAAGGCUGAGUAUGAGGAGCUCGGAUCUGCUCGAUGCCGUCGGAGAUUCUUCCAUUGAUUACUUGUGAACGAAGUGGUACUAUUACUUGUGGACAGAGAGCUACUACCUGAACAUGCCAUCUCGGACCUUCUCACAGAUAGGACACAAUUAAAGUUUGAGAGGGAAUUUCAUUAUUUCAGUCUCCUGAGAUUGAAGAAGUUCAAAAGAACAAGUACAACUGAUGCCAUCUCACAGAGAAAACAUUGUAGAACUGAGACCAAAUAUCAGGGAGGAAAAUGUGCCAUGUUUAUUGGUUCUACCUUGUUAUGUUCAUAUAAAGAUAGACAGAAAUUUUAGUUGAUUAGGUUACUUUACUAUGAUAAAGUACAGUUUAGAGAUUGGCAACAAAAGAAACAACGGUAUCAUGUUUGGUCCCAAGUACAUGGUAGUUCAUCUGGGGAGAAUGUGCAUCCCAUGGAAAGAAAAGAAUAGAUUAUUAACAAUUCAAUUGAGAUGGAAUAAUGCUGAUAUUGUAAAUUUCAAUUGGUCCACACGUUUUGUGAUAUGUCACAAGAAGCCGAUGGGAAAAAAUAUUAUUGUGAUUCUGAUCA